AUGGCAUCUCUCGCUGAAAUAGAAACGCCGAAUUUGGCAAAACCUUGUGAACUUUGCGAACAAGAAUCGAUAUUGCAGUUUAAGUGCAUAGAAUGUGAAAAAGUUAUUUGUGAUAGAUGUAAAGGAAUACACGCUAAAGUUCCGGUCUUAUCAAAUCACCUUAUUAUCAACAUUGUAAGACAGUUCGUACCGCAACACAUUCAGAAAAUACAGCUGUGUUCUAUGCCAUGUGACAACCAUGCCAAGAAGUUUCAUUGUCUGUUCUGUCGAACUUGCAACAAACUUGUAUGUCCGGACUGUGUUUCUAGUGUCCAUAUGAAGCACGAAUUCGAACCAUUGGAAAAAGCUUGUGGGAAUAAACUUAGCGAACUCUCAUCAUUUGACUCAUUUAUGGAAGAAAAAGUUCAUAAAUUGAGAAAAAUUAAUGAAAAUCUCAAGAAGAAGAAAGAAACAUGGGAAUGCGAGAUAGAACAAGUUAAAAGUUAUAUUGAUGAAAAUGAACGUGAAAUAAAGGAGGCAAUCACUAAGUAUGCGGAAGAACUGCGUGAAAAUGUAGAACAGAAAAGAAAAACCAGAAACCAGGAAUUCGAUGGGAGGGAGCAAAAAAACUGUGAACAAGAAGCCCUUUUUACUGAUUUCAGAGGAAGGAUAAAGAAAGCAUUAGAAUCAGACCAAGGGUAUGACAUUUUCAAUACGGUUUCUGAAAAAGAUAAGCUGAAUACACUUAUUGAUAAUACCAAGAUGGCAACAGAGAUUAUUGACCUUCCUAAACCAAAGUUAUCCCCCAAGAGAAUGGCUGUUAUAUUUGGACAGAUCAAUCAUUUUUCGGUUCCAGCCUAUGUAGCCGUUAAACAUGAGUGUAACUACACUAUCAAUGUACAAGGUAUAGAUAAAAUGGGGAUGUGUACCGAUGGAAGUUAUUGGGCGUCUGUAUAUAACAAUGACAAAGACGAUUCUUAUUUGAUUAAAAGUUCUCUUUCAAAAGUCAUAAAUUGGUGUAAAACUGUCGAAGUAAAUGUUUUCGAUUUGGCAUUAACAACAGAUGACACUGUCAUUGCCUCCCUCCAUAUGACCCCAGAGGUCAAACGCAUCGGAAAAAAUGGUAAAUUGGAAGAAUUCAUCAACGUUGCGCCUCUUAUUGCACGAGGAAUUCAUGUCAACAAAGAAAACGAGAUCAUACUGGGAGUUCGAGACAAUGGUGACCCUUUUCAAAUUACAGAAGAAAGUUGUCGAAAAAUUCUUGUAUUUGGAAUGGAUGGACAUCAAAAAGCAGCGUACGAAUUCGACAAAACAAAGACAAGACUAGUUACCAUUCCUAUAAGAAUAUGCACGGACGUAAAUGGUGAUAUAAUUGUCAUAGAUUCUCUGACGAAGGACACAAAAAGAGUGUUAUCGAUAGGAAGACGUGCAGGGGAAAUCAAGUGGACCUACGAAGGAGAAUUUGAUUUUAAACAACAAAAAUCUUUCGAUCCUAAUGAUAUAACAUCUACACAAACUGGAUACCUCGUAAUAUCUGAGGUUAUCUCCCAUAGAAUAUACAUACUGUCACUUGGUGGAGAUUUUCUUACCUUCUGUGAUUUGAGGACAAUGGGCGUUGUAUUACCCAGAGCAUUAGCUAUAGACUCUAAAGGAUGGUUAUGGGUGGGUUGUGCGAAUGACAGGAUGAACCAGGACUUUGCCAAAAAACACAAAUUUCCAAAUUUAACCUGUUUGAAAUUGGAAAUCUCUGACUGA